CUUUCGGACCCCGUCAGAGAGCGAACAGCCUAUCCCGGUGGACCAACCGUCGCACACUCGAAAUGCCUUCUAUUUGGAACUAACGACGUGUUGUAUUUUAUUUUUACAAUGGGUUUUAUCGGCAGCUAGCUUGUAUCUUAACCGACCAUGUAAGCGGUCUUGUCACGGAAGGCAGUUGACUCGUGACUGAUCGCCGGAGGACACAGGGUACAGGAGGAGCCAGUUAAACAGCCCUCCGAACAACGACUAGAAAAGACGCACCGAGACUACCCGACCCCGCCAGUGCAGAAGUCCGGGCUCACAGUCCGGUUAACUAGAGCGUUUUUAACCGUUUAACGCCCCCCAUAUGCCGACGCCUACGCUCGUGUCAACACCCUGAAGGCAGAGAGAUAAGGAGGGAGGGAGGCAACGGCAGCUCCGGGGUCCCCGACACUCAGCAGCCGAGGAGAGGCACCGCUGAAAUGAGAUGAGGCUCAGAAAUGGAACUGUGGCCACUGCGAUUAUUUUCUUCACGUCUUUCCUCAGCCUGUCCUGGUACACAGCGUGGCAGAAUGGCAAAGAGAAGCUGAUAGCGUACCAGCGGGAGUUCCAUGCCUUGAAAGAGCGCCUUCGCGUGGCCGAGCACAGGACGCUGCAGCGCUCGUCUGAGCUCAACAACAUUCUCGAGCACUUCAGACGCGCCAUCGCCGAGACUAACAGCAGCAAAGAUGCGUUCACGAACUUCUCAGAUGAGACACAGAAACUACUGAAGGAGCUCGCAAAUAGGAGACCUCUCCAGCUGCCAAACAUCUACCACCACAUGCCUCACCUCCUCAACAAUGAGGGCAGCCUCAACCCUGCCGUGCAGGUUGGUCUCGGCCGCACAGGAGUUACCAUGGUGAUGGGGAUCCCCACAGUGAAGCGGAAGGUGAAGUCUUAUCUGUCGGAAACGCUGCGCUCGCUAAUAGACAAGCUCUCGCCAGAGGAGAAACUCGACUGUGUCAUUAUUGUCUUCGUUGGGGAGACUGACGUGGACUAUGUUAACAGCGUGGUCGCUGUCCUGGAGAAAGAGUUUUCUAUUGAGCUGAGUUCAGGCUUGCUGGAGGUGAUCUCCCCACCCGCCGCUUACUACCCCGAACUCACCAACCUCAAGGAGACCUUUGGAGACUCCAAAGAGAGAGUCAAAUGGCGGACCAAGCAGAAUCUGGACUAUUCCUUCCUCAUGAUGUAUGCUGUGAGCAAAGGAGUUUAUUACGUCCAGCUGGAGGAUGACAUCGUGGCCAAGCCCAACUACUUUGCCACGAUGAAGAACUUUGCCCUGCAGCUCUCGUCGGAGGACUGGAUGAUCCUGGAGUUCUCUCAGCUGGGCUUCAUUGGGAAAAUGUUCCAGGCUCCAGACUUAAACCUCAUUGUUGAGUUCAUCCUCAUGUUCUACAAGGAGAAGCCCAUCGACUGGCUGCUGGACCAUAUUCUCUGGGUCAAAGUCUGCAACCCUGAGAAAGAUGCGAAACACUGCGAGCGCCAGAAGUCCAGCCUCCGUGUGCGGUUCAGACCCUCCUUGUUUCAACACGUGGGACUCCAUUCUUCUCUUGCUGGAAAGAUUCAGAAACUCACAGACAAGGACUUCCUGAAGCCACUGCUCCACAAGAUGCAUGUCAACCCCCCGGCUGAGGUUUCAACUUCAGUGAAGGUGUACCAGGGUCACACUCUGGAGAAGACUUACCUAGGAGAGGACUUCUUCUGGGCCAUCACUCCUACUGCAGGAGACUACAUCCUCUUCAAAUUCGACAGACCUAUUAGCAUAGAGAAGUUCCUGUUUCGCAGUGGUAACCAGGAGCACCCGGGGGACAAAAUCGAAAACACCACAGUGGAAAUACUGCCUGUUUCGGUACCCGGACUGCAGACCAAAGAGAAGUACAAGCGAACUGAGGACCGCUUUUACAGGAUCGGUCAGUUUGAGAAAGGUGUGGCAGAGGGAGUUGUAGAUCCUUCUUUCAAUCCCAUCGUAGCCCUUCGACUUUCUGUCAUCAAAGACUCUGCUGUGUGGGCCAUCCUCAGUGAAGUAAGCUAAAUACACACCACACCUGUUCA